GUGAAAACACUAAAGAAGUUCUGCAGGGAAAGAAAAGUCUGAGUGAGAAAGUUUCUCUUUAUAGAGGUGAUAUUACAUCACUUGAGGUUGAUGCCAUUGUAAAUGCAGCUAAUUCCAGCCUUCUUGGAGGUGGAGGAGUGGAUGGCUGUAUACACAGAGCUGCCGGGCCCUGCUUAGUUGCUGAAUGUCGCAACCUGAGUGGCUGUGAGACUGGACAAGCAAAAAUUACUUGCGGAUACGACUUACCUGCAAAAUAUGUGAUCCAUACUGUUGGGCCAAUAGCAAGAGGCCAUCUCACUGACGCUCAUAAAAAAGACUUGGCAAAUUGCUAUAAAUCCUCAAUGGAACUGGCAAAAGAAAAUAACAUCAAAUCAAUUGCGUUCCCCUGUAUUUCAACAGGAAUUUAUGGUUUUCCAAAUGAGCCCGCAGCUGUCAUUGCCCUUAACACUAUUAAGGAAUGGUUGAGCAAGAAUCAUAAUGAGGUGGAUCGUAUCAUCUUCUGCGUCUUUUUGGAGGUUGACUACAAAAUUUUCAAGAAGAAAAUGAGCGAGUUUUUCCCUGUAGAUGAUGAUAAUGAAGAAGAAACUGUGAUGAGUGAGGAGACAGAAGGAUUGGAGCAAAAAGGCCAGCCUCCAUCUCCCACAACAUGCAAAGCAGAGCAGCCUGAGGACCUUCAAAAUGAUGCUGAAGAUGGUAACAGCACAGAGGAGAAGCAAAACACCGAAGCAACUGAGGGCCAGAGCCCAGAAGCAGAUGAGAUGAAGCCUACAGCUGUAGCCAGCCUAUCAUCAUCAGAAGAAAUAGAGCUGAGUGAGGAUAAAGACUCCCCGAAGGACUCCAAAGGCGCACAAGAGAAUGACCCAGUGCAUCCCGCGGUGUGUGAACAAGAUCAAGCCGAAGGACAAGAAGAUGUUUCUGCAGAAGAGGAGAUGAAAACUGGGACAGAUUCCCAGAGCUCCUGCAUGGAAGUAGAAGAGCCAUUGUUGAACCAAAAAGACACAACAGAAGCUGAGAAACCUUUGAUUCCCAGUGCAGGUGAAGAUGAAGAGGAAGAAAAAGAAGAAGAAGAAGGUGGAGGAGGAGCUGAAAUGAAUAGUCAGGUUGAAAGUAUAAACGACCGUACAGAAACAGAGCCGGAAGCUUAACUACUAGGAGCGCCAACACGAGACGAGAAGAGCGGACGACGGCUGAACGGCAGGCACCGACAUCGUACGGCAUCAUUGCGACUUCUCGGCAGAAAAGAGCACGCAGAGGUGCUCCGCGGGUUGGGAGGGGAGGGAGCUACGGGGAAAUGACUCCUUGCUUUAAUUUCUCUUUGUUCUUCAUUGCAUUUUGUUCUGUAAACCUGUUGGAAAGAAGCAUAACUUCCCAGUUCUAACACUGUUUUGCAACCAUCCCUGCAAUUACAACAGUUUCUUCUGAACCAUGAGUUCCUGUGUUAUAUUAGGUCUCUUUUCUUCCUCCCGGCUCAUAUUGUUAGCCCUUCCGGGCCCAUCCCUUUUCGAGCAUCUUUAUCUUCUUUCCCAGUUCUGGUACUGUCUGCAGGCAACUUGUGGGAGCAAGUUUAUCUUCCCCUCUUUUUUUUUUUUUCCUUUUCAGUUUUGGUUUUAAACUGUUCCCUAGGAUAUAAACGGAGAUUUGCUGUGAGAACACAAACUGCCACAAAGGGUUAUAAUCCGCACACACUGAUAAAAACAACCCUCCUUGUGCUAGGGAUUUGCAAGAGAAGCUGCUCCAAAAUCUCCCAAAUAUUGCUAGCCCACCUCCAGGCUUGUCCAUCAGCGGCCAGCGCGCCGCGUGGCUGAGCCCUGCCUGCCGCCACGGGCGCCAGCUGGGCCCUUUCGGCCCGUGGGAGAGGCAGAGUUCGUGCAUUAACUCUCUCAUCUGGCUGACCCGGUGCGGCGGGAUUUCCUGUCGCUCUGCUGCUUCCCAGCCCGAAGGAGGUAUCUGCGGCCCGUUAAAGCUAAAACGUGCCCGGCGUACACCUUGUGCUGCGCCCGUUCGUGGCCUGGCAGGGAUAUCAUACACAAAUCACGCGCGUGGCCUUGGAUAGUCAGUACCCCAAGUCAGUCUCCCUCUUUUCUAGUUACGCCUGCGCACCUCAAAACCAGUGCUCUAGGAACGUCCUUAAAAUACUAGUAGGCAACAGAUAUCUACCUGACCCUGUGAGUGAUGGAGGAUAACAGGCAUUCUGCAUGCCAGACACCUUUAAAUAUGGCUUCUAGCUUUAACAACUUCACACUGUAUUUUGUGUGAGCCCUCAUUACAUUUUCUACUGCAUAUGCAUGAUUUUUUUUUUAAUUAGAAAAAAAAGCAAUUAACAGUUAUUUGGAUAAGAAUGUCUCGCCAUAUGUCAAUUGUUCUGCCAGCAAAUGCUGCGCUGAAAUUUUUUGAAAAGGAACAAAGAGGUCUUAACAUACAUUUCUCAACUACGCUGUAAAUGAACUCGAUAGACAAUAUGCAGGCAGGAUGGAAGAACAUGCAGCCUGUGUCCAGGAUAUGAUGUGCUACAAAACCUUAGAAUUUUACAAUGCUGCUGGUAAUAAUCUGGGCAUUUUAAACAAAGUAAUUGUGGUUCUCCCCCUUCCCCCCCCCCUAGAAAAAAAACAGAAAUCCCCAAAUAGUUAUUUAGUAGCUGGCCGGGAAAAAAAAAAAAAAAAA